AAGAUGUUAACAUGACUGACAAGAAAAUAUCUGCUUUAUCUGUUUUACGGAAAUAAUACAUACCCAUCAGGAACGAACUGGAAGUGUCUCCAAAGAUGGAAAUUCUUGCUCUUAACUGGACGAGAGAUUCUGCAGAAACACAGUACUGUUUUCCACACCUGAAAGGAUCCUGCCUACGAAGUCAAACACCGAUCAUUAUCAAAGUAGUCAUGUACAUGUUAAUGGCUGUCACCAUUCUUUUGACUGUCUGUGGGAACCUGCUGGUCAUCAUCGUCAUCUCUCAUUUCAGACAGCUCCAUUCUCCAACAAACCUCCUCAUCCUCUCUUUAGCAUGCAUAGACUGGUUCUUGGGGGCUUUCAUUAUGCCGUAUAGCAUGAUCAGGUCUGUGGAAAACUGCUGGUAUUUUGGAGAAACAUUUUGUAAGAUACACUCCAGCCUUGACAUCAUGAUGACCGUUGCAUCCCUCUUGCACCUGGGUCUCAUUUCUGUUGACAGAUAUUUGUCCAUCUGCAAACCUCUUCAAUAUAGCACCUCAGUAACCACGCGCAACGUAGCAGCCCUUGUUGUAAUCACCUGGAUGUUUUCCUUUGCAUUUGGGUUUGGAGUGAUUCACUCUAACAUUAAUCGAGUCGGUAUGGAGAAGUUGUUAAUGAAUAAUUCUUGCACAGGCAACUGUACUUUCUUUUUUAAUAAAGAAGGGGGAAUGAUGGCUAUUAUUCUGGGCUUCUUCAUUCCAGGCUCAGUGAUGAUAGCCCUCUAUAUGAAGAUUUUCUGUGUUGCAAAAGAACAAGCCAGAAAAAUCGACUGCAGCUUGGCAAUGACAAGAGCACGAUGUGAUAAAAAGUGCCCGUCUGAACACAGAGAGAGAAAGGCUGCAAAGACCCUGGCCAUUGCACUGGGGGUCUUUCUGUUGUGCUGGCUUCCAUUGGUCAUGGCACUUAUUAUUGAUCCAUUCUUUGAUUUUUCUGCUCCUGUUGUUUUAUUUGAUGCUUUUCUAUGGUUGGGGUACUUUAAUUCUACCUGCAACCCUGUAAUUUAUGGUUUUUUCUUUUCCUGUUUCCAGAAGGUGUUCAAAAUAAUCUUAUCAGGGAAAAUUUUUCAGAAUGGCUCUUCAUUAUUGAAUAUUUACGAAGAAAAUUAUUGAUUCUAAAAGGCCCUUAACAGUUUCUCAUAUACAAUUAAAAAGAGAUCAUAAUUUUCUGUUUGAAAUUGCAGAUAAUCAUGCAGAUAAUCGUUUGUAAAUUUAAGUAAAUGUGACAUACUCAUAGCUUUUCAUUGCUAAAAUUAGUAUUUUGAUGAUAUGAAGACAGCAAUUGGUAAUUAGCAUGGCUGGGUGUUUGUCACAGAAGGCACAGGUAUCAUGGAUUCUGUGAUUUUUGAAUUUCCAUGACUUUCCCUGUUUCUUAUUUUAUUUUAUUUUAUUGCUAUUUCCAUGAUGUCCCUUUUUAGUCCUUUCUGUGAUCUUUUUCCAGUUUUGUAUGAUAACUGUCAAUCUUAAUGUAGCUUACAGUCAGUUGUUGCAAUCAGAUAUUUGACAACCCCAAUGAACAGUGUUGAUGCCAAGUACUCCAUCUCCCAUUAUGGUAAUAUUAUCAGUUUCUAAAAACAUUCCAUUAAAGGCAAAAAGCAUGCUCUUUCUUUCCAUGGUGGACCAGUUGCAAUUAAAUGCACCAGCCUACCAAUGCAUAUUUAUUCAAAUUUGUUACUAGCCGUUAUUAGCUACAGUUGCAUUUGUUAUUCCUAUUUCCCACCAUUGUCUGAGAUCUGUUGGUUUAUUUCAUAAAUUGGUGUUUUUAACAUUGGUGUUUUUUAACAUAAUGAUUUCUGCCUCUUUCCCCAUUUUCUGUGAUUUGCAACUUCCACGCGACUGUUCUGACUUUAGCCAGAAUCUUCUGUGACAGAAACCCAGCCUUAGUGAUUAUAAAUAACCGAAUGAAAUAAAAUAUAAAGGAUAAAUGA